AUGUCUUCUGAGGACUUCAGAGAGAGCUCUCUAUCUCAAAAGGUGUCCUCUGCAGGUGGGUCCCAGAAGAACAAGGAGGUUCUCAGCUCCCCGACACCCUCCGUCUCCCUUAGCCAGACAUCCGACUUCCAGCACGAGUCUGAGCUGUUCACUGAGCCACACCUGGCCCAGAUGGAGAAAACGUUUCAAGAUGAGGUCGACUCGACUGGAGCCCUGGACAUGAAGACUUUCGUUAAGGCUGUGAAGAAGAUUCUGAGCAAUACGUCCAAUGAGAUGAUAGAGGCGCUGUUUUUGAAGGUGGACAUGAACUGUAACGGCUCCAUCACCUGGCAGGAGUACCUGGACUACGUGAUGCGUGAGUUCAAGGGGAAGGAGAAGAUGAUGAGGAGCCAGUGCCGCCUGCGCUUCCACCUUCCCAUGAGGAUCGUACCCCUGAAUCAUGGGUGUGAGAUUGUGAAAGUGGAGUUCUUAGUCCAGCGGUUCAAGAAGAUCGGGCAUUUCCUGACUGUCACCAAGGACGGGAUCCUGCAAUUCUGGUCGGAGUCCUUCUCGCUGACCAGCUCCUUUACGCUUUACCGGAUCCAUCCACUCCACAACCAGCAGAUGUGGGUCAUUGACAUGGUGUGUCUGCACAACAUGAACCUGGCUGCGAUUGCGUCGACCGACCAGAAGAUAGAGUUCUUUGAUAUCAGUAACCGUAAAUGUGUCCGGGCCUUCACCUUCAUUGAUCUGGACAGCUGCGUCCUGACCUUGGACUACUGGUCUGACUAUCACAGGGCUGUGUUCUGCUAUGGGGACACCAAAGGCAAUGUCAUCGUCUUCACCUCCAACGAUGUGACCAAUGGACUGUUCAACCCCCGAAUCCUCCCCAGGACCUCCAAAUGGGAUCACUGGACCAAUGUUUCCACACGGAAGCUCUUAAAUGAGAAGUCCCCUAUGUAUAGAAAUUACCGGCUGAGGGCUCUCCACCCCAACUGGUGUCAACAGGUCAAGUUCAUCCCCCAGCUGAACCUGGUGGCUUCCUGUUCAGCCAUCGACAAGUCCUCUCUGGUACUGACCAUAUUGCCGUCCAAAGUCCCAGAGAGCCCCAAGUUUUCAGUGCUGAAUUUAAGAAAAGGGAUUCUUUGCUUUGAUUACUGCCCAGAAAAGAAUGUCCUGGUGACUGGUGGCCAUGACCCCCUCAUCCGCCUGUGGAACCCCUUCUUCUCGAAAAAGCCUGUGUGGCUGAUGAAGGGGCAUCAGACCUCGGUGACACACAUUCUCGUGAACAGCAAGCACGGUGUCCUCCUCAGCAUCUCCAAGGACAAGAAUAUUCGCAUAUGGGACAUGCAGGACUACGAAUGCCUCCAGUCCUUCUGCGGGAAGCAUUUUGCCCUGGGACACUGCCCCAUCACCAGCGCAUACUUCCACAAGGAUGACGGCAGCCUCAUCUGUAGCACCUAUUCAAUUGGCGUCCUAAAAGGCUACUUGGAGACGCAGGGGCCUGGGAGAGCAGAAGAGAAGACCACGACUUACAGCACGCCCCUGUGCGCCAUCCUCUACAGCAAGGUUUUCAAGCAGGUGGUGAGCGGCUGCCUGAGUGGCGUGGUGAGCGUGUGGGAGGUCGUGACGGGCAAGAGGAUGACGGAGUUCUCCGUGACUGGUGACCAGCACGUGGAGCUGACCGCCAUGUCCCUGGAUGAGUCAGAGGCGUGCCUGCUCACGGGUCUGCGUGACGGCACCAUGAAGAUGUGGAACUACAGCGUUGGUGAAUGCCUGCUGACCUUCCCCAACCCGGACCAGAUGGAGAUUAGUGGGAUUGUCCACAUGAACAAAGUGUUCUACAUGACCGGAUGGAGUAAGAGAAUCACUUAUUUCACGUUCCACAAGACCAAGCCGGUGCUCUUGUGCUACCACUGGCAGACCUUCCACACGGAGGAUGUCCUGAGCAUGGCCAGGUACCAGAACCAGUUCCUUGGGACUUCCUCCUACAAUGGGGACAUCCUCUUCUGGAACAUCAGCAUGUUCAGGCCCAUCCUCCAUUUCAACGCCUCUCAGAGCCCCUUGCCCUCGCUGCCCAAGAGGGUGCAGGACGCGGCUGACUGCGCCACGACUGAGAGCCACAGGCCCAGUAAGCCCUGCGCCGAGCAGCAGAAGUGGGCACACAAACUGCACAUGCAGCCCCCGGGCCCCAGCUUCAGGGCCAUGGCCAACGCCAACCUGCAGCGGAAUCUGAUGUCGGCACCCCCAGUGAUGAGACGCCCGAGAGACAAGGAGCCGGCGGGGCCGGUGCCCCUGCAGAAACCUCUCAGCGCCAGCAGCCUCAGUCGGUCAAGAUCACCCCAUGGCAGACCGUCAGUUUUCAGAGAGGCUGAAAGGAGAAAAGGGGAAUUCCACAAGAAGCUAUUGCUGCAGUCCAAUGCAUCGGUGGAGAAGAUAAUCUUCUUGCAGAGCAGGCCUCGCCUGCCACACACGGCUGCCCUGCUGAGCAGCUGCAUGGACGGCUACAUCUAUGCCUGGUCCAUCCACGGGAGCGGAGGCCUGCUGGGGAAGUUCCCCGUGGACGCUGAAGACAAAGGGGAUGUGGUGGUGGGUGCCAUGGCCACUGAUGAAAAUGACUGGAUUCUUGUCACAGGGGAUUGUAAAGGACACAUCAAGAUCUGGGACAUCAAGGAUUACUGCAGACUUACUGACAAGCAGCCAACCCAUCCUAGUAAAAUAAACAAGUUUCCAUUCUUAAUUCCUAAACGGAUUCAGAUCAGCCUCCCAAACUACAGUCCCUCGGAGGAGAAAAAGGUUGAGGCUGGCCAGACCAUUUCCCUGGUUCCACCCAAGCUUCUGAUUAUCUGGAAGGCCCAUUUGGAUAGUGUGGCAGACAUCCUGUAUGUGGACAGCCUCCAGCUGGUUAUCAGUGCUGGCCAGGACCGGGACGUCAAGGCUUGGAAACUCUCUGGUGACGCCAUUGGGACAUUUGGCCUGAGUGUUUGGAAAAAGCUGCAGGAUGCCCCGAUGAUUAGUGAUCGCGAACUAAGAAAAAGCUUAAAGGAGGAGGAUGACUUCAUAGACGCUGAUGAGAAGACCUUCCAUCUAGAGCUUCAGGAGGAGCGGGAUCUUGCUGAGGCGCUGGUGUACCAGCGGCGGGAGCAGGUGGCCCUCAUGGCUCUCCUGUAUGGCAAGGCGGACACAGAGCCUGAGGCCUGGGCCAGGCUGCAGAAGAUAACCCUGACAUCCCCAUGGGCCGGAGAGCGUUCCCCGGAAGACAUUGAGGAUAGCUGGUACAAGUGGGAGUCCAAGGACAAGCAGGUGAGCGGUGUCCUGGGAGCAGCAUACAAGCCCAAGGAGCGGUUGCAGGGCCCCAGACUUCUGUUCACCGACGUGCAGUAUGGCUGGAUGAAGCACCAGAUCUCGCCUCAGAUCUACCAAAGCCUGCACUUCGUUGAGCUGGCGCCCACCCAACAGCCUGACUUCACGAGGCACAGGGUCCUGGACCAGCAGAGGCGGCUCACUCUCCUGGUGACCCACCGCAUCCACGAGGACCUGGGUCCCAACAGGGAGACCAUGCCCGAGCACAGGGCCAGCACGCCCACCGCCAUGGUCUCCUCUCCCUCCUCGCUCUCUCUGUCAGCCUCAGGCUCCGGGUUCCUGGCGUCGGGCUCGCCCGCCUCCCCUCGGCCCCAGCUCCCCCGAUCCUUGCUGCAGCCCCGGUCUGCCCUGGCGCCCAGUCCUCCCCCGCGGUCCUGCCCCAGGUAUCCAGGGACAUCCUGCGGAGGCCGGCGCCCCCCAUGCCCGGUGCCUCUCCCCUCAGGCUGCUCUCUAGGCCUCUGAAGGCCUGCCUUCCGCCUUCUGUGCAGGAGGGCUCCCACGUCAGGCUCCGAGGUGGCCCACUCUUCUCUCCCGUCCUCCGGCAGGGCCACCAGGCCCAUGGGGUCCUGUCUGUCCCUGGCUUACCCCUGCCGGGCCCGGAGGUGUCCCCACUGGGCCAUCUGGGGAAGCUGACCUUUUUUGCCAGAGUCCUGGCAAAGAAAAUAAAUGUUCUCAGAUGUUGGAGUCCCACCGGCUCUGGGAUCAGGCUGUGUGUCCCUCGCCCCCUUAGGCACCAGGCUGUGUCUCCGAGACGGGGUCGUGCUCCCUUGGCAAGGCCCUGGGCUGAUGCGGGGAGGAGAGACCAUCCCCCCAGGAUACCUGGCGUGGCCGUCUGGCAGGUCCUCCCGCCCAGCUCAAGGCUCAGCCCCAAGGCGGUGAAUGUACAGCUUCUCAUCUCUCUCUCCACUUCCAUCUCCCUUCC